GAGGUCGUAUUCAUGGAACUAUGAACCUGGACUCGUUGUCUUUUACUUUGUCACAGAUCAGUUAUUUGGUUGCGAAUUUGAGUAAGAAAAAUUUCGAGGACAGCUGCCGGGAGAUAUCGGGCUUGGUGCAGUGGCAUGGUCUAGAGGCAGAACGACAUUUGUUCCGCUGUCUGUUCUCGAGCGUUGACUUUUCCAAGGGCGAGCCGUCAGAUUCGAGUGCGAAAGAUUAUUUCCAAGCGAAGCUGUUGAAACAGGAGUGCAACAGCUUAUUGAGCAAGCCUGCUUUUAUAUCUACUUUGUGCUUUGCUAUAGAUAAUCCUUUACAUCACCAAAAGUCACUGAAUCCCUCCCCCAAGUUUUUUGUCAAUUUGAAGAAAACACUUGGCCUGACCUUGGUACAGGAGGUUGCGUUUGCGAUUGCGUUGCAGCACUCGGAGAACGCUGAACGUCGUUCUUUAGCCUUGGAGCAUACUCAGAAGCAACUGCCUGAGCUGAUAAAGAAUUACAUAAACUCUGAGACGAGUAGCAAGCAUCACGAGGGUGGUUUGCACGACUCGUUGCCCCAGGUCCUUCAUCUGAUACUCAGCCAGGCUCUCCAUACUGCCAAUCCGUAUAAUCUACCUACGGAAACGAAAGAAAAGUUUCUUAAACAUUUACGACGCGACUUUCCCCGCGAACUGGUGCCAGUGGUGCUAGCACCAUUCCUGUAUCCGGAAGACGAGGAAACUCUGCAAUUCAACAUCGAGUUAAACAUGGCCGUCACUCAGAUGGAUAACAACACUCUUGUAGAGUUGAUUAUGGAAUUAGGAUAUAGCUUUACUAGUAGCAUAGAAGAAUGUCGAUCGUCGUUAACGGGUUUAGGCCCCAGGGAGAUAUCCCCAGCAUGUGUCGCUCGUGUGCUGUCACAAAUGGCACGUACCUGCAGCAAUCUCGACGAUGCUGGAGGCCUACAAACGUUUUGGGGCAACUCAACUGCCUCGCAGGACUCCAAUAAGGAGAAAUCAUCGGACAGUACCAUUCCCACAACAUGGAACAUUGAAAUAUUCGUUCUAACACUGAAAGAGAUACAAUCUACAUUGUCUUGGAACGAGGUCAUCGUGAAGUUAGAUCAUCCAGAGUUUAUGAUCAAGGACAGACAAAGCUUAAACUUACUGAUUACGGGUCUCAAGCUGGGCCUGCAACAUCAAGGAUAUCCGCCCGACAUGUUUCCCGUUGAGCUCCUGUAUCGGCACUGGGAAAAUAUAGACGGCCAAUUUUCUCUAAUUCAACAAAUUCUCAAGUGCCCGGACAUAUUUUGCUUCGCUGAUUAUCCGUAUCAUUCGGUGACGGUCGAUGUAUUAAAAGCGGCUCCCGAGGCCGAUAGCAAGGAAGGGCAAACGUGGCGAUCCUUGAACAUAGUCGAGUUGCUUUUACACAUGGCCGAAAGAGGCUUGUUCACUCCUGUACAGGAGAUCUUUAAAUGGCCGCUCCAACAUUGCCCGGACGUACUCAUCUUGGCAUUACUGCAGAUCAAUCCACCCUUCACAAUACUGAGGCAGGAGAUGUUCACUACGCUAUUGCCGAUCUUUCUUGGCAAUCAUCCGAAUUCUGCUGUGAUACUGCAUCAUGCGUGGCAUUCAAAUAAUACUAAGAUAAAGUCACUUAUAAUGCAUGCUAUGGCAGAAUGGUAUACGCGUGGUGAUCAUGAUCAAACGAGAUUAUCGCGAAUCUUGGAUGUCGCGCAAGAUUUGAAAGCGCUCUCCGCUUUACUUAAUUCGCAGUCGUUUCCAUUUGUCAUUGAUCUCGCCUGUUUGGCCUCUCGACGAGAGUAUCUAAAACUGGAAAAAUGGUUAACGGAUAAGAUCAGAGAUCACGGUGAAGUUUUUGUCGCUGCAUGUGUCAAGUUCCUACAACGACGAUGCCCUCAAGUCAUGGGCCCUGGUAUCAAGGAAGAUCCUACAGUUCCAAAGGCAAGCCAACUGCCGCAGGAAACACUCACUACAAUCUUGGCUUGCUUACAAGUUUGCGCCGGAAGUCUCUCCCAAGAACUCUCGGAGGUAAUAAUGACAAUGGUGCAGAAUUGCAGUCUAAUGCUGAGUAAGAGCACCAUGAACAGACCACCACCGCCAGGAGUCCUGAGACAUCGAGGAUUAGAACCGUUCAAUCCGGCAACUUUAGGAAGCCAAUUAUUUUCCUCAAAGCAAGUGGACUCUCUUGGAAAUCUUGGUUCAAGUCUUGCUUCCAUGGGUCUCGGCACGGGUCUUGGACCUCCAAGUAGCUCUGCGUUCAAUUUGCCCGGCGCGCUAGGUCCUCUGGUCUCGGCGCCCGGAUCUCCCUCACGACUCAUGGGACCUUCUCCAAGUCCAUUUCCUAUGUUGCCGUUAUCUUCGCAAUUACAUUCUGGUCCGGUUGGUACUCAGGGGCCGUCUGUCCUCCCGGGUGGUACAAUAGGUGGACUGGGACGCCUCGGACCGCCAGCUGGUAUUGAGAAAGCGAGAAUGCCGGAAACCCCCAAUUUGUUCCCAGACAUGGGACAAAAUGUCUCCAAAGAGGUCGAAGACGAAGCUAAUAGUUAUUUUCAACGUAUAUACAAUCAUCCACCGCAUCCGACUUUGUCGAUCGACGAGGUGCUCGACAUGUUGAAAAAAUUUCAAGACUCUGGUAUCAGACGGGAGAGAGAGGUGUUUAACUGUAUGCUGCGAAAUUUGUUCGAAGAAUACAGAUUUUUCCCUCAGUAUCCUGAAAAGGAAUUGCAAAUAACGGCACAAUUAUUCGGUGGAAUUAUCGAGAGAGGUCUUGUCAACAGUUACAUGACACUUGGAUUAGCACUGCGAUUCGUUCUUGAUGCGCUUAAAAAACCCGAGGGCAGCAAGAUGUAUUACUUUGGCAUAACGGCUUUGGAUCGAUUUAAAAGUCGUUUGAAGGAAUACCAAACGUACUGCGAACACGUUAGAACGAUCCCGCAUUUCAGCGAGUUCCCGCCUCACUUAGUGGAAUAUAUAGAAUAUGGGUUACAAGGACAGGAACCACCGUCGAGACCGCAGGGCUCGAAAACUCUGGCGGCAAUGCUGGCUCCGGUUACGACCCCGUACAAAACCAUGACUACAACUACCGUCACAACUAGCACUACACAAGCGAAACCGUCUACGACUCCGACUACGUCUCUCACGGCUAGAGCCUCUAUGCCCUCGGUCGCCAAUGCGACUAAUAUCGAUACGUUGCUCGUGGCAACAGACAAGGAGGAAAAAAUUACGACACCGCCGGAAGCCUUGCAGGACAAAACUGCUUUCAUCUUCAAUAAUCUCAGCCAGCUGAAUCUGCAACAGAAAUGUGAUGAGAUUCGUGAUAUUGUUACGGAAGAGUACUGGCCGUGGAUGGCACAGUACUUAGUAAUGAAGCGUGCCAGCAUAGAGUUGAACUUUCAUGCCCUGUACUCGAACUUUUUGGAUUGUAUAAAAUUACCUGAAGUGAAUAAAAUGGUCACGAGAGAAACAUUCCGAAAUAUCAAGGUUCUCUUACGAAGCGAUAAGGGAAUAGCUAACUUCUCUGACCGAUCGCUGUUGAAGAACUUGGGACACUGGCUCGGAAUGCUAACACUCGGCAGGAAUAAGCCUAUUUUACAGAUAGAUAUAGAUCUAAAAAGCUUACUCGUUGAAGCAUAUCACAAAGGGCAGCAAGAGCUCCUUUAUGUAGUACCUUUUGUUGCGAAAGUACUUGAGAGUUGUGCGAAAAGUCGUGUCUUCCGACCACCCAAUCCGUGGACCAUGGCAAUUAUGAACGUUCUAGCCGAACUACAUCAAGAACCUGACUUAAAACUGAAUUUGAAAUUCGAAAUAGAAGUACUUUGUAAGAAUCUAAGCAUCGAUGUUGGAGAGCUAAAGCCGGUCAUUUACUUGAAAGAUCCCGAAAAAUUGCGCAAUUUGGAAUAUCAGCUGUCGCAUCCGAACAAGAAAGCGGAGACGACUAACAAUCAACAGCAACCUCAGGGGCCUAUAGAGGAGUUGGUUGGGCCGACAACAAGCGGCACCAUCAAUCCUCAAACUGCGCCACCCGUGAAUACAACACCCUCGUUACCGGCUGGCCCACCCGAGCCACGAUUCAAUUACAUGGAUAUAUCUGUAACAGGCAUUGCUAAUAUAUCUCAACACAUUACUGCCAACAAUCAAUUACCUCUGUUCCAAACGCAUCCUCAUUUGAAACAAUUCAUUCGCCCGGCGGUUGAAAGAGCAAUUCAGGAGUGGAUCCAUCCUGUUGUAGAUAGGUCCAUUAAAAUUGCUCUUACAACCAGCGAGCAAAUUGUGAGGAAAGAUUUUGCGUUGGACCCGGAAGAUGUACGAAUGCGUACAGCUGCGCGUCACAUGGUGCGCAAUUUAACCGCUGGUAUGGCUAUGAUCACAUGUCGUGAUCAGAUCCUGGCAUCAAUUAGCACGAAUCUGAAACAAGCCUUUCUCACGGCGUUAAUCGGUACGACUCCGCAGCAGAAGGAACUUGUCGAACAAGCGGCGAGUGUAGUCGCUGCUGAUAACAUGGAACUCGCGUGUGCGUUCGUACAAAAGACCGCUAUUGAGAAAGCAAUACCCGAAAUGGACAAACGGCUGUUGAAUGAAAUUGAGCUGCGAAAAAUCGCCCGGCAAGAAGGGAAAAGAUACUGCGAUCCGAUUGUUAAGUAUCAAGCCGAGAGGAUGCCGGAGCAGAUAAGGCUGAAAAUGGGUGCCGUAACGCCUCAGCAAAUGGCAGUAUAUGAGGAAUUUUCAAGAAAUAUUCCAGGAUUCCUUCCGCUCUCCGAACGAGAUACGCAAGCGCUCUUUAUACCAAAACCUAUUUCUGAGGCUCCUAUCACCGCGUUCACACCCAAUUCUGCGGUGGCAGUCGCUACGGCGCAACAAGUAGCGGCCUACGCAACUGUAGCAGUUAGCAACGACGAAAUGGGCGCAAUGUUGGAGAAACUUGCGACGGAAGUCGAGGUCUUAUUGGCUGCCAUGGCACCCGUGGCACCACCACCGCAGCACGCUAUCCUUCACAGUCUUCUGGAAUCGAUCGUAGUCACGAGAAGAUCAAGAGACGCCAAUGCAGCUUUGGCAUUAUUAAAGAAAGCUGUCGAGGGUUUGCUAGACGGGCCCAUGUUCAACAGCGGCGUCAUCGAUACCGACAGUCUAAUACAACGCUACAGAGAAGUGCACUUACGGAUCUUGAAGUGUCUUCAAGAUCCGCGUGCAUACGGCAUGCAAUGGACGAACAAGAACGUGACUCGUUGUCUGAUCGAAUGCCGGGAGGACUACCGGUAUAAUUUCGAAGCCGUGGACUACCUCAUAAGAUCUCACUUGAUCAGUCUUCCCCAAUACGACUUAGCUAUAGCGCAAGCUAUAGACUCGGGAAACGUGUUGGCAACGGUGUUCGCCAUGCAGUUGGUUCAACUUUAUUUGAUUGACGAGAGGCAGGCGACUCAUGUCACCGAAACUGACUUGUACCACACGAUUGAGAUAUUGGCUCGAUUGUCGGUUCACCGAUCACUACCGGAAGGAAUCUCGGGCUUCAGAUUGACAAAUCUGGUCGAAUCAUUACGUGCCAAUGUUGAUUCCGGUGUGUUGGGAGACAGAGCUCCAGCAGGACCUACAGCGCACAUUCAUUCUGGAAUCCUGCAGGUGAGAGCUCGCGAUUUCGACGAUCCACCCGGACUGAUGGACAAGACGGAGUAUCUAUUACGCGAAUGGGUGCAAAUGCACCAUAAUCCGCAGUACGCGCGAGAUCCCACAAAAGCGUUUAGCAUAUUCGUCCAUCAGAUGAACAUCCACGGCAUCUUGAAAACCGACGACCUCAUCACGAGAUUCUUCAAGCUGAGCACACAAAUGUGCGUCGACCUUUGCUAUCGGACUCUUUCAGAAACUGGCUUAGCUCCCUCGAUUAUACGUGCGAAGUGCUUCCACUCGUUGGAUGCGUUCGUACGUCUCGUAGCAUUAUUGGUGAAACACUCGGGCGACGCUAGUAAUACCCAUACCAAGAUCAAUCUUUUGAAUAAGGUGCUUGGUAUCGUAGCCGGUGUGCUGCUCCAGGACCACGAAAUACGUGGCGCCGACUUCCAACAAUUGCCGUACCAUCGGAUCUUUAUCAUGCUCUUCUUGGAGUUGUGCGCGCCCGAACCGGUUCUAGAGGCCGUGAAUUUUCAAGUUCUAACCGCCUUUUGCCAUACCCUACACAUUCUGCGGCCAGCGAAAGCGUCGGGCUUCUGUUACGCCUGGCUAGAGUUGGUCUCGCACCGAGUCUUCAUCGGCCGCAUGCUGGCUAUCACGCCACAGCAGAAGGGCUGGGGGAUGUACGCGCAGCUCCUUAUCGAUCUGUUCAAGUACCUCGCACCCUAUCUUCGAAAUGCGGAGUUAGCAAAGCCUGUGACGAGUCUAUACAAAGGGACGCUACGUGUGUUGCUCGUGCUGCUACACGACUUUCCGGAGUUUCUUUGCGAUUAUCAUUAUGGAUUUUGCGAUGUGAUACCACCGAAUUGCAUACAAAUGAGAAAUUUGAUUUUAAGUGCGUUCCCAAGAAAUAUGCGACUACCUGAUCCGUUCACGCCGAAUCUGAAGGUUGAUAUGCUGCAGGAGAUAUCGCACGCUCCGCGUGUCCUUACCAAUUUCGCGUCUACGAUACAGCCAAAUUCCUUCAGGAAAGAGCUCGACUCUUAUCUGAAGGCUCGCGCGCCGGUCACCUUCCUGUCCGAACUCCGCAGCAAUUUGCAGGUGUCGCAAGAGGCCGGUGUGCGUUACAACAUUCAGCUGAUGAAUGCCCUCGUGCUCUACGUUGGCACGCAGGCUAUACAAUUUAUUCGCAGCAAGGGUCACACGCCUAACAUGUCUACCAUCGCGCACUCCGCGCACAUGGACAUCUUCCAGAAUUUGGCCGUCGAUCUGGAUACCGAAGGCCGUUAUUUGUUCCUGAACGCUAUAGCGAACCAGUUGCGGUAUCCUAACAGUCACACGCAUUACUUCAGUUGCACGAUUCUCUACCUAUUCGCUGAAGCGAACACAGAAGCGAUACAGGAGCAAAUUACAAGGGUUCUUUUGGAGAGACUGAUUGUGAACAGGCCACAUCCAUGGGGGCUUCUGAUUACCUUCAUCGAACUCAUAAAGAAUCCGACGUAUAAAUUCUGGUCGCACGAGUUCGUACAUUGCGCGCCGGAGAUCGAAAAAUUGUUCGAAUCCGUAGCUCGAUCGUGUAUGGUGCAGAAGCAAAUACCCACGGCGGAGACGGAGAUUCCAGAGUGAUAGAGCGUUUCACUCUUCAACUAUCGCAGUGUGUACAGUAAAAUGAAGGUAAUGACUGAAGGUACUGCGUGUAAAAAGUUGUUGAUGUAGCGAUAAAUCGCGCACCAUCGCGUUUAAAUUGUUGAGAUGGGCAGAUGCUGAAUAAUCGUAAAUAAGUGUGCAUCGAUUUAUAUAAUGUGUAAGUGAGACAAUUAUUACGUUAAUUAUUUUAAUAAGAAGGAAUACGUCGAUUAUAAGGGGAGCAAAACCUCAUACACCUCACUAAACGUGUCUUUCGGACAAUGUAUUUCACACUGUGUAUUAUAUAUAUAUAUAAACGACAUUGUACACAUGACACAAGUGUCAGUAUAUACAUAAUAAAGUGUAUCGUGGUGGAACAAAAGCUCAUGAAAAUUAACAAAUGGUGUUCAAACAAAAAGACGCAAUUACGAUGAGUAUUUCUCGCGCAUGCGUACGAUUUAUUGCAAAUUUGUAUUCCCGAAGGAAGGUGUAUAAGCAUUAGAAUAUGUUGUACAAUGCGAGACAGAUAUUUGUAGAGAGAGAUAUACGCUUUAGAAACUA